GUGUGGUCCGUGAGCUGUGCUCUGGGGGUGAGCGGAUGGGUUUGUUGGGGCGGGGAGGUGCAUGUGUGCAAGGACAGUCCCCAAGCCCAGCGGGAGGUCCUCAGUUUGGGGGAAAUUGCCACUCUCCUGGAGACCAAGCUGGGGGCCGAGGAGAUUGGGAGGACUUGUGGCAGGUAGCUGGACAAACGGCUGUUGCUGGGAGGGACUGGGAAGGCCUCAGGAAGGUGAGGUGAUGGGGGCACUGACUCUGAGCAGCCCCAGGCCUGGAGAGCCCGCGGUGAUGCAUGAAAGGGUUAGAGAGGAGGAGAGAACCCAUGGGUACAGCAUCCUGGGCCACCGGGAGGAGGGCGUUCCCAGGAGGAAGGGUGGUCAGUGGCAGGGCCACUGCAGGUGGCUGCUCAGGUUGCACACUGCACAAACCGCUCACCCCAGUAGAUGAGGCAGACGAGGAUAUUUAUAAUAGCUUUUCGCAGGGGUUCCUCCCCCUGAGCCAACAAUGGUCCCGAGUCAAUGGCCCAGCGGACAAGGCUGAGGAGUCUGUCGGCCUUAGGACCAAGGGGCUCUUAGUCCCUGCGGCUGUUGAGACAACUGACUGAAAACACCAGGAAAGUAUUCUCUUGUGGUUCUGGGGGCCGAAGUCCAAAAUCCCGGUGUGGGCACGGCCACGCUCCCUCCGGCAGCUCCAAGGAAGGGUCCCUCCGGCCUCUUCCGGUUCCCAGUGGCUCCACGUCUUCCCUGCUCGGCCUCACCCUCCCGUCGCUGCCCUUGUCUGCACGUGUCCUCGGUGUCUGUCUUCUUAUCAGGACGCUUGUCACUGGAUUGUCCAGGACACAGGGGUGUCCCUGUGCUGCCAUCCCUCAGGCCCCCAGCCUCCCAGCCCCCCAGGCCUUUACCCUCCACUCUCAGCACUUCACCCCUCACCCCUGGAGUGCUCAGAUACCCCACAGACUGCUCCUCGUGGAGGCUGACACGAUGCAGUCCUGGCUGACUCCCAGACCCCAUUUCACAGGUGGGGAAACCGAGGCCAGAGCCCUGCUCUGGAGCCGAGAUCCCAGCCCAGGCCUGUCUGAGGCCAGAGCCGGCCCCGCGAGCCCUUCUGCCCUGUGCCCCAUGACUCGGCAGAUGACUCAGCAGCCGAGCGUGGGCGCGUCCUCGGGGCGGGGGCCGGGGUCACAGAUAACCUGGGCGCUCCAGGGUGGGGAGGCCGAGGCAGGCGCGCUCCUCCGCACUUCUCGCCGGCCCCUCAGGGCUCUGCCCCUGCUGGGCUCUGCCCGGGAGGCCAGGACUGCAGUAAACAGCUCCCAGACACGUCGGGGCGAGGUGACACCCCGUGCCGCUAGGGGCCGCUGGAAGCCCUGGCGCGUCCAGUUCCUCUGUCCCUGCAGGAGCCCAGGGGGCAGCGGGAGGCCCGGCUCAGAGAGGGGCAGCGAGCCCGAGGCCCCGGGGCUGGGAGGCGGCCUUGGCCAGGCAGCCGCAGGGCCUGGUGGGUGUUGCGUGACAGUCGGGGAAACGAACCAGUGCCCGACGUACCUCCCGCGGCCGCCGCCUUUGUGGGGGCGCGAGUCUGCAUGAGGGAACUGGCUGGGGCCCAGAAAGAGGUUUCAGGACGCAGUCGGGCCUGUCUCGGCCGCGUCCGUGUCCCUGAGGGCGAGCUGCGUUCGCCGCAGUAGCAAACAACCUGACACCCGUGGCUUCACCACCACCAAGCUGCUUCCGCCCCACACUCGACAUCCAGCAUGGUCGGCUCACGUGGCCUUUACUCGAGCUCACUGGUCAUUGCAGGGUGAAGCACAUGGGGAAGAGGAGCGGGACAGAGGGGAGCAGAUGGGGGCGGUAGGCAAGCUCUGACUCCUAAGGUUUCCCUCGGAAGUGGACCACAUGUCACUUGUGGUCACGUUCCACGGCUCCGCUGGCUGAGAGGGGCGGCAGGGCCCAGGGGAGGAGAAGCACUGGGGUGGACACCUUCAGAGUGCCCGGACCCU